AUGUGGUUUAAUAAUGGCAACACAAGAGAUAAAUUUAAAGUUGCUAUAUUUUCAUUGGGUUCUAAAAAGAAAUACAUCAAAAUACAUCUGAAUUCUGGUAGCUACAGAUGCUGUGCAAAACAGAUUAAAUUCUACUGCAUAAAUUAUAAGUCUUGUAAGAAAUAUCCAGAUGAAUAUGGUGUCCCUUCUAUUAUUCCAAACUUCCAGAUCUCUCAAAAUUAUUCAAGGAGCAGUAUGAGUGAAACAUCCACAUCUGAUAACAAAGAAACUUAUCCAGUGCACACAAAAAAAGAGAAUACAAGUCCUUCUGGGCUUCCCACUUUUAAUUGUAACUUGUGUCAAAAAUCAAAUUUUACCAGACAGCAUUUACUGGAUUACUGUAAUAGCAAUCACUUAUUUCAGAUAGUUCCUGUGACAUGUCCUCUUUGCAUAUCUCUUAGCUGGGCAGAUCCUAGCCAGAUUACUAGAAUUUUUUUUAGUUACUUAAAUCAAAGACAUCAAUGUGAUUACAGAGAAUCUGUGAAUCUUCAGCAAGGUGAGGAAACCCACUAUCAAACUGCUGUUGAAUCUCUUCAAGUAAACAUCUGA